AUGCGCAUCGCCCUCGCACUAUUCCUGGCGCUUUUCGGGAUAGCCGGAAUGGCCGCAGGCCUCCGUGCAUGCUUGCACCCCUUCAAGUCGGCCGAGGUGUUUACGUCUGAUAAGCAUCGCUGCAUCACAGAGAAGGGCGCGCCAGAGGCGCACUUAAAGGUUUACACGUGCGAGCACAUGUAUGCCUCUGGCCCUCUUAUGAGCCAAACUAUACACGUAACGCUCUGGCCCACAUUUGCAAACAGGAGCUGCCUGGAAAACAGCAUGUCCUCAGACAUGUAUAUUAACUUUGACAAAUUAUACGGCACUGAACAGACAUCCAUCCUCACAAACGAGCAGGUGCGCGGCCCGCACACAGCAGCCUCAGAAAGAAGCUACAGCUACAUGCACCUUUUGAAUCUUUUAAGCGGCGAAGACGACGAAAAGCACAAAAAACGCGACUCUUUCGCAUUCAGCUUUCUACGCGGCGAGGCCGAUAGGUGUGCGCGCGAACUACGGGAUUGCCACGGCAUGAAGGAAGGCAUAGAAUCACUCACGAAGUACUGCGCCCUAGGCCACAGCCCUGAAAACGACGACUUGCGCAAACAGGUCGUAAUGGCCCCUAUAGCGGCAUACAGCGUUGCGAGAAGCUCCCUAAUCGAACGCAUGUACUUUACAUACAUAACAUUCCAACAUGUGCACCGCACCCUUGACUUUGCCCACGCCAAGCCCGGCACCCGCCACAGAGUCGCUGCGUCCCAUUUGAGAGCAGAAAUAUACGCACUGCUAGACGAGUUCGACUUUGUAGACAGAAUCACAGCGGCGGCGCGCGCUUCUUUUGAUAGGAUAAAGGAAAAAGUGCAGGGAGCAGACAGCCCGCGCAUGCUUGAGUGCAAUAACGCUAAAUUUAUCCUCCCUGCCCACUCUCUCGCGAGCCAUGUAAAGAAUGGCGAGGUCGUGAAAUUUUACCCCUCCUCAGAGCACCCCGGCCCCAAGACAGAGGACUUGCUGAAAACCCUCACGGAAAAACAAAUGGUGCCAAGCAUCAACAAGGCCUGGGAAAACCCAAAAUUGAUGCACGCCGACCUGCAGUACCUGGGUGCGCUAUUUGAACUGGUAAAGCACCACUUGAAAGUGAACGAGAUAUGCGUGGAGCAAACCAUGGACUGCCUCACAUCGAUAGACGUAAGCAGCACCAAGCCGCUUUUAGAGCCUAUUGCUGGCGUUAUAGAAGAAUAUAUAGGAAAAAAA